AUGUCGAUGGAGGCCCUCUCAACUUUCCGUCUCUUCUUAGGUGGCUUUCUGCUGGCCGUCUCUCUUCCACUAGGUGACGAAACCCCUGCAUGCCCUAGAGGAUGGAGGCAGCUCAAAGGAUACUGCUAUGGGUUCUUCAACCUCAACGUGAAUUGGAUGAGAGCGGAGCUGGACUGCCAGUCGAUACGGCCCAACAGCCACCUCGCUUCCAUCGUCAAUGAAGAGGAGACGCAUCUACUGUCCAAGUACCUCUAUGAAACCUACACUCAACGAAAAUCCAUCUGGAUUGGGAUGUAUGAGAAUAAAAUCAGAACUCUAGAGAAGAGGUACUUUGAGUGGACGGAUCGGACCGCCAUCAAUUAUACGUCCUGGGCACCAGGAGAACCGCUCCACGUAAAGAAACAUUGUGCAGCCCUGAGCAAACCAG